GAAUUCAAAAGCUGGAGAAUUUAAAGCGAUUUGAAGGAGUUUUAGUGAUGGACUGGGCCAUAAAAUUUCUACCAAUGAGAUACAGAGAGAAACAAACAGAUUGGUUUGGCCAAAGGGGAAAACAUUGGCAUGUCAGUGUCUGCAUUUAUAGAGAUGAAAGUGGUGAAAUUGGGCAUAGGACAUUUACUCAUGUUCUUGAGAAUGUUAAACAAGAUUGGUUUGCAGUGGCAUCACUGUUGGAACACGUGCUGCAAACAGUUAAAAUCCAACUACCGCAGGUGACAGAUAUGUUUCUUCGCUCUGAUAACGCAGGCUGCUACCAUUGCGGACAUUUAUGGAUUGCUAUUCUUCAAAUUAGCAAUAGAACAGGUAUUCAAAUAAAGCAAUAUUCAUAUUCAGAGGCUCAGGCUGGAAAGUCCUACUGUGACUCAAAAAUUGCUCAUAUGAGAACCAAGAUGAGAUCCUUUGUGGCAACUGGAAAUAACAUUUUAAAUGCAGAUGACAUGAAAACUGCAAUUGAUUAUGGAAAAGGUGUAGCUGGAUGUCAAGUGGCCCAUGUUAUUGUUGAAACGUCAAAACAUGUUCUCAAGACUCAUAAUUUAAAAAAUGUCACACAUUUCAACGAUGUUCAGUACACAGAAUCUGGUGUUGUAUUCAUAAAAGCUUAUGGUAUUGGGGAUGGGUUGUCAAUGACUUAUAGUGAGUUAACCAAAUUAUCAGGCCAUUGUCAAAAUGAAACUUGAUGUACUCUUGUAACAGAUUUUGUUCUGCCAUCAAAGGUCAAAGGAAAGAUCAAGUUAACAAAAGCUAAAAGUAAUGCUGUAGAAAAUGAAAUGAGUACUGAGACCACAACAAUAAGACCAGUCAGUUCAUCUGCUUUACAGACAACACUCUCCUUUGAUUGCCCAGAACCAGGUUGUAUUAAGCAUUAUGCUUCCUACAGAACUCUAGAAAAUCAUGUUCUAUUAGGUACACAUGAUUUAAGAUUAGAAAGAGAAUCCGUAUAUGAUAUCAUUCGCAAGCAAUGGACAGAAC